AUGGACAGCUUAUUCGGACUGAGGCGCUGGGGACGGCAGCAGCAUGACGAUCGGUCGUCCUCGUCGUCCUCGCGCCGUACCGUGGAUUUGUCCGAUGACGCGCCUAGUGCGUUUGCCAUGAGUGCACCCACCAUCACGCCUGUUCGCACAGGCAGCGGUAGCUCUGCCCAGACGCCACGUCUUUCGAUGGAUCGGCAGUAUGGCGCAGUGUCACCUGUGCCGUCCGCGCCCCUCACGCCCACCACCGCCAGUACUUCGACGUUGGGACCUCAAGUGCCGCUGGUGCCGUUGGCUCACCGCUCGGUGCCUGAAACGGACGUUGCAGCUCUGCGCAAGUCGUUACUGUCGCGGCUGCCUGAGCUGCGUACUACACGCCCGCCUGACGUCGAAGUCGAGCUUAUGUUUGCCGACCUCAUCACGCGCCGAGAUAUGCUCAGCGGGCCGAGUGCGCCGCCCCCCACGGCUGUCAGCAACAUGUUUGAUUUCAGCCUGGACAAGAAGUGGACGCUCGUGUACAAUGAUCUGCUCACGACGCAGGCAUCGGAGCGCGACCGUGUCAAGCGUUUCGUACCGAAUGCCGCCACGGCUGCCGCGGCUUCGUCUGUCACGCCCAUGGUACUCGUGCGCAACUCGCCUGAAUGGUUUAUCAAAAAGUUUAUGGAUAAUUCAGUGACCACCAAGCACAUCGAGUCGUUGGCCGUGACGCUACGUACGUGCGCCAUUGGAUGGUUGCAGAGCUUUGUCGAGGCCAAAGGUACGCAUGUGCUCUCGAGCUACCUCAUUGCGCUUCAGACGCGCGGCUCUAUGAACGAGCAAGACCUGGCGCAGGAAUACGAGGUGCUCAAGGCCUUUCGGUCCCUAUUCAACAGCAAGCCUGGAGCACAUGAUGCAUUACAGCAUCCCAAGUGCAUUACUGGCAUUUCGCGCUCCCUCGUUUCUCAGCAGCUGUCGACCCGGAAACAAGCUGCCGACAUUCUGUUGUUUUUGUGUCAUUGGGAGAAGCCGCGUGGACAUUCGUUGGUGUUGCAGGGCAUGGAUGAAUUGCGCGUCGCCUUUGAUCGUCACGGCCGGUUCGACGCGUGGUUCACAGCGUUGGAGGCGGCGAUUGAUGGUCGUGGCCGGAUGGGAAGCUUGGUCGGAGCGAGUGACGAGGUGCGCCGCUUACAGAUGAGUGCGAUGCCGGAGGCGGGGCUGCCUGAGUACGUCGUGAACAACAUGUUUCUCGUGAAUGCCCUCGUGAACAGUGAUAUUGUCGAUGCACUGAACAUACGCGUGCACCUGCGGAGCCAGAUGGCUGCGAGCGGCUUGCUGCGGAUCAUGGAGAAAAUGCGCGCACUGUCCACGCCGGAUCUCGAUAUGCAGGUGAGCGUGUACGAAAAGAAUGCAGCGGCAGAUCAAGAAGACAUGCUGGAGACGUUCGAGCAAAGUGUCGUGAAAGACCUGACGGACCCGCACGAUGUUCUCCGCCUUGUGCUGGACCGCCUCCAGAACUCGCGCGCCAAGGAUUUUUUCAUGAGCGCUCUGCAGCACCUAUUGCUGAUCCAGCGCGACGGCGCAGAUUUGGUGCAUUACUACCAGCUCAUUGAUUCGAUGGUAUCGACGGUAGUCAUGGAUCGCGAUGGCGCUGCGACGGGCGGCGAUAUGGAGUCGCUGCUGGGCACGUCGGUCAACAAUGUGCUGGGCCGCUUCGCCGACCAAGACUUGCUGGAGCGCGUGCAGCACGAGCUGAAAGUAGCUCGCACGACGCUCCGGGCACGCGACGAAGAGAUGCAGAAGAUGAAGCAGCAGAUACAAGAUGCGUCUGGUGGCUUGGUGGGCCAGUUACAGUCCCAGAUUCGUGAACUGCAGCAAGAUCUAGGCAUCUCGCGUGAAAAUUCGGCCACUUUGCAGCAAAACAUGGAGGAAAUGGAGCGCUCCUAUGUCGACCGCAUCCUCGGACUGGAGCUCGAGCUGCGCGAAUCGUCGUCACUUCUGCGUCAGGCACAAGAGUCCAAGCAGGCCGAUCCCACCUUCUCGCAAUUCAACCGCCAGGUGCUGCGCGAGUCGCUUGAGCGGCAAGUCGAGCGGAGCCGCACGAUUCGCAAGCUCGUGUCCAAAACAUCGAACGACUCGUUUAUGCCACUCGAUACAGCUCUUCCGCACUCGCCGCCUGUGCCACCCCGCUCCCUGAGCCGGACCCAGCACGACGCGUCUCCGAAUACGACGGACGUAUCGGAUCGCAUUGGACGCGCGGCUCUGCAGCUAGACCCGUCAUCCGUCUCACCAAGCACGGAUAGUAUCGAGGCUUUCCCCAGCUCCCGGUCCUCCCUGGAUGAAUCCAACGAAUGGGGCAUGCAGGCCAUUCUCGCAUCUCGCAUGGCCCGCAAUUCGGAUAUGCAGGAACGCAUGCGCGACGUGCGUGCAUCUCGUGCCCGCCGCCGUGCCGAGGCGGAACAAAGCGAGGUGCGAAAUACCAGCGCGCAUGCGUCGUCCUCUGAUCAGCGGCCCGUGUCGCCCUCUCAUCUGCCGAGCACGCCGACUCGGCAUCCUCGACGCGUGGUCACACCGGUUUCUUCCGACCCCUCGUCCACACACCGUCCACCGGAGUGUGACCCUCGGGCACCCAGGAGCAGGGAACGCUCGUCGAGCGUGAAUGUCUCGCCUCACAUCGAGCAGCAAGCACUUGCGGACAAGACAUCCAAGCCGACAGACGCUGCUCCGGAACCGACCCCGGAACCGGCACCGGAGCAUCCACCGACGUCUCCUGCAAAGUCACCAGCAUCCGUUCCGCCUCCUCCGCCACCGCCUCCCCCCGGCGCACCUGGCCGUCAAGAUACCAUUCCCCCUCCACCUCCUCCGCCACCACCACUACCACCUACGGCUCCCAGUGCGCCUCCUACUGACGAUACCAUUCCUCCGCCCCCUCCGCCACCGCCUCCUCCUCCCCCACCUCCAGGCUCAGCCGCACCACCCGCACCUAGCCAUGAGAACGCUUUCCUCUCGGCCCUCAAAGGCAAAGUGGCGCAACGAGCUGAGAAACAAGGUCCCGAGGCAUCGGGACCUUCUAUCGAGCCUCGUUCGUCGCUUUUGAACAUGCGCGCUUCAUUCGAGCCAUCGAAAUUAGGCCCGCCUGGUCCUGUGCAUGCGCCACCCGCACCACCCGGUAUGCUGGGCGCGUCCAACAUGCGCAAAGGAGUGCUGGAUAUGGCCAAGACGCGUAUGAAGCAACUGCAAUGGGACAAACUCUCGGCGGAGCACGCAUCCAGUACCAUCUGGGGUCGCAAUGCCUCCAACGAGCUUGUCCUGCGUGACAUUGUGGUACAGCAAGGUAUCUUUAGCGAGAUGGAUGAAGAAUUCAAGGCCAAAGAGGCAUCGAAGCGAGUCAUAUCCAUGAAGCGAGACAAGAAUGAGCUGCAGACCUACUUGAAUUACGCCACGCGCCAGGGCAUUGAAAUGGUGCUGAAACGGCUCAAGAGCCAGCUGACGGGCGGCAAGCAAUGCACGCCAGAAGAAGUGGCGCACAUGCUUAUUCAAUGUGAUGCGCAGAUCUUUGAUCAGAGUGUUCUCACGGAACUGCUUCGCUACUACCCAGAGUCUGAGACCAAGGGUCGUCUGGGUGAGUACAAAAAUGCAACGGAUGAACAGCUUCGCCUCUUGCACCCGGCGGACCGUCUUGUCGUGCUACUCAUGACAGUCCCACAUCUCAAAGACAAGGUGAAGGGAAUGCUGUACAUGACGCGCUACAACGACACCAUCGAUCUCAUUCGACAUGGCCUGACCAAAAUUCGCGAGGGCUCUGAGUCGAUCAUGAACGCCCCGAAAUUUGCUCAGCUGCUCAACUUGAUUUUGCUCUUCGGUAACUAUCUCAACGCCACGGGUAUCAAGGGUGGCGCCUACGGAUUCCGUAUCAGCAGCAUCAAUAAGCUCGUGGAUACCAAAGCAUCUGACGGAACGACUCUGCUUCACUUCGUUGAGCGAACAGUGUCGCGCUGCUUCCCUGAACUCGAAGGGUUUGUCGAUGAGCUCGCAGGUGCUACCGAGGCUUGUCGUGUGCAGCUCUUCGACCUGAAGCACGAUCUCUCGGAGCUUAAGACGGCUAAUAACCAACACAAAAAGAUCCUCGACAGGCUCCACAGUGAGCAGGAAGAAAAUAUUGAGGCGCCCUACUCGAAGAUUAUGCUGCCAUUUUUGAAUCAGGCUACGGGUGAGCUGCAACGCCUUACAGAUCAGAUCCAGUACACAGAGCGCAUGUUUGAUGAAGCCCUGAAGUUCUACGGAGAAGGCUCCGAUCCCAUUCGGCGCAGCUUUACGGGUGUCAAGACCAUGCCCACCGAAGAGUUCUUUGGCAUCUUUAAAGAGUUUCUCGCAGCGUAUCGCAAGGCGAAAAACGACAAUGCACAGCUGGCACAACAGCGAGCUAUGGAAGCAGCUCGUCUGGCAGCGGCAGAAGAGCGUGAAAAGGAACGCCAAGAGGCCAUGGCGCGCCGUAAAGCAGGUGUGGGCGACAGCGCUGUACUAGAGUCACUCCUUUCUUCUUUACGUUCCAGUGGCGGUGCUUCGUCGCGGCAGCGCCGCAAGAACCGCCGUCGUAUGCGGCUACCCAGCUCAGAGCUUGCUCCGUCUUCGGACAAAGAGCAGGCCGAUCAGAAUCCAUCCAGUCUGGCUGCAGAAAUGCUCAAGAAGCUGCAGGGCGACGAGAAGCUCGAUCCAGUAGGUGGUGCUGCAUCGUCGACAGCGCAGGCAGUCGAGGCAGCGCGAGCGGAUCGACGUCGAGAGCGCUUGGAGCGGAAUAGCGUGCCAGUGCUUCAGGAUAUUCCACGUCCGCCGUCGGCUGCAUCACGGACCCCUAGCUUUUCUGAUACCCAGGAUACGGUGCCAUCGGUGCCGACCACCCCUGUUGAAACGGAUCAUGAAACCAAGUCCAUGUGUCAGGAGCACGAUGACAACGAUGAUGAAACCAUGAACUCGGCGGUCACUGCGACGAGCGGAUUUGAUUCACCGCCAUCUUCGUACUCGGCAUCAAGUGGUGACGAUGCCGAGCGUCCAUCAACGGAGCCUCAGACUUCGACAUGA